AUGACCAGGUUGUCUCACAUCCGGACGACAACACUCAUCGGAUUACUGAAAACGGCGCGACUCUUAAGACUGGUUCGAGUGGCGAGAAAAAUAGACAGAUAUUCUGAAUACGGGGCCGCAGUUCUCAUACUAUUAGUCGCCGCCUUUGCUCUCGUGGCUCAUUGGUUGGCCUGUAUAUGCAAUGUCUCGCCGACGACUAACACUGAAAAGAUCUUUUGUAUACUCGUUAUGCUUACGGGAUCUCUGAUGUAUGCGUCAAUCUUUGGUAAUGUGUCGGCUAUUAUUCAACGCCUAUAUUCGGGAACCGCUCGCUAUCACACACAGCUCUUAAGAGUGAGAGAAUUCAUACGAUUUCAUCAAAUACCUGAUCCAUUGAGACAAAGGCUUGAAGAGUACUUCCAACACGCCUGGGCCUACUCUAAUGGCAUUGACAUGAAUAUGGUUCUCAAAGGCUUUCCCGAAUGUCUUCAGGCAGAUAUUUGUUUGCAUUUGAAUAGAAAUCUAUUAGAAAACUGUUCCGCUUUCAAAGACGCUUCUCAGGGAUGCUUAAGAGCUCUAUCAAUGAAAUUUAAGACAACUCAUGCGCCUCCGGGAGACACUCUGGUACAUAAGGGGGACGUAUUGGUCGCUUUAUAUUUCAUCGCACGUGGUACUAUUGAGAUACUCAAUGGUGAUAAUGUGGUCGCAAUUCUGGGUAAAGAUGACAUAUUUGGUGAAAAUCCAUUAGAAAACGUAACGAUAGGUAAAUCGGGGUCUAAUGUAAGAGCGUUGACAUAUUGUGAUCUUCAUAAGAUUAGUCGAGUAGACUUACUUCACGUCUUUGAAAUGUACCCCGAAUUCAUCGCAUCAUUCAAUAGUAAUUUAGUGAUUAGUUAUAAUCUGAGAGACGAGAAUCAACAGGGAUUAACCGAUUUGAUUGUUAAGAAAUCAACCAAAAGUAAAUUUCAGGAAUGCUUCUCAUCGCCACCUAAUGAGGAAGUGUCCGAAGAAGUAUCGGCGCUCACAGAAGAUAAUAGAAUGGGCGCCACAUUUGGCGGUCAGACUCUGGCCUUCAGCUCUUUCGACGGCGACGAAGACGAUGACGACUGCGCCCGACUUUACUAUAAGAAUCUCAAAGAAGACAAACCAAAUAGACGUCGAUAUUCAGGGACUGGUAUUCUGGAGUUCUCGCCCCAGAAAGCGGGUCUCGAUGUGACGCCAGCCAACUAUCAGUUCUCUACUAAACCCGUGAGAGCCAGAAGUGAAACAUUAAAUUCUCUCUCAGGCGCUCUCUCCAGUAUAUCACCGAAACAACAGAGAACUUCUGUAUCGCACGAAAAACUUCGUAAAAAUUAUAGAAAUCAAUUAAAGCAUCAAAACUCGAGUCAAAAUCAGGAUUCAUUGAAUGCCAUAAACACGAGUGUCUCGGAAACCACUUCUCCUUAUUAUGUGAACAAUAAAAUGGAGUCAAUCAUCGAAUUGGCCAGAGAUUCAGCCAAUUCUGCCAAUAUUGACAAUAACUCUAUUAUUAAUACUCAAAUCAAUGAUGCAAUCGAUAGGAAAAUCGAUAUUCUUUCGAAACGUAUUGACAAAUUCGAGGAGAAGUUGACACAAACGUUGCAGGAAGUGAUGGACUGUAUGAAAGUCGUGAGCAUUCAAACGAGUCAAUCAAGUGUUAAACGCACGGAUCAAAUGACAGUGAAUUGUUGUAAUCAAUAUUCGUGUUUAUGUUAUGAUAAGACGUCUCGAAACUCAACAUUAGAUAAAGACAAUCCUAAUUAUGUGCCGCCUUUAAGCCGAGCCCAAAGUCUUCAGUCGUCGGCUUUUCCAUUACCUGCGAAUAGAAUAGCGUUAAGAAAUGCCAAAAGCCUUAUGGAAACCAUGUAUGAGAUAUCGAGUCCUAAUAUCGUUGUCGACACACAGAACGACACUUUAGAGGAUUCGCUUGAUUUCGACAAUACUUUAGAGUUUGUGUCGAGUCUUGAGAAUACUCUCGAUGUGGACAAAGAUCAGAGACAUUCAGAACCGGUCACUGAAAACCCAUUUCCACCACUAAAUCGUGCUCUUAGUCUUCAAAGUUGUAUUCCUUCGACUAAACAUAAUAUCCAAUUAGAAAGUAAACGCUGUCCCGAAACCCCCAAAGGGAGGCGUCCUAUUGUCGACUCUAUUGCUUUGCAAACACUUCAUAAAUCUUCUCCUAAUUUGAAACAAAGCAAUGAAGAAAACAAUGAGAGACAGCGCUCUACUCUAAGUGAUAGCAAUAUUGUUUGGAUGCAAUCGUAA